GGCCCUAUCAGGAGUUUUGGAUCAGAAACAAAUUUUUAUAUUAUCGAGGAUGGUGCAUGAUGGCAAAUGGUUUUUUCAACUUUCAGCAAGGCUUUCCAGGAAAUAUUUUUGUUAUACGCAUAAUACUACCUACAGGUGAAGCAACAGAUUGGAGAAUAGAGUCAGAUAUCUCUUUUCACGAUGUAUUGGAUGUGCUCAAUAGAGUUAUGCCAACAGUCUCACCAACUGCUUUUGAAUAUGAAGAUGAAGAAGGAGAUAGAAUAACAGUUCGAAGUGAUGAUGAAUUGCAAGCAAUGAUUCAGUGGCAUCAUUGGGUGAAUUCACAAAGAGUUUGCAAUGGCGUAUCAAAGCUUCCAUUGUUGAUCUACCCUAGAGUUAGCAGAUCUUCAGUCAAAAGAAACAUGCUUGGGCUGACAGUUGAUGUAGAAGCUGCUCCUACACCUCAAGCAAAAAGGGAAGGAAGUGGUGGUGGCUCUAGUGGGAGAAAGCAACCUGGAGAUAUUCAGAAUAUACUUUCAAGUGGCCAGGUGUAUCAACAAGAUAUUCACAAUUUGGAACUGAUGGGCUUUGGAAAUGCUGGCACUGUCUACAAAUGUCUUCAUAUCCCAACACAGCGAAUAAUAGCAACUAAGGUCAUCCCUCUUAAUGUAUCAGUUGAAGUGCAAAGGCAGAUCAUCUCAGAGCUAGAUAUUCUUUUCCAGUGCAAUUCACCAUUUGUCAUUGGUUUUCAUGGAGCAUUCUUUACUGAAAGCAAGAUCUCAAUAUGCACGGAAUACAUGAACGGAGGAUCCCUCGACACAUAUGGUGUUAUACCAGAAGCUGUUUUAGCAAAAAUAUCUGUAUCAGUUGUCAAAGGUUUAGUCUAUUUAUGGAAUUUAAAAGUUAUGCAUAGAGAUGUAAAACCAUCAAAUAUGCUUGUGAAUACCGAUGGAAAAGUAAAACUUUGUGAUUUUGGUGUUAGCAUUCAAUUAGUCAAUUCAAUUGCCAAAACCUAUGUUGGUACCAAUGCCUAUAUGGCGCCUGAGAGAAUCAGUGGAGAAGAGUAUGGAAUUCACUCUGACAUUUGGAGUUUGGGUAUCUCGUUUGCAGAGAUGGCGACUGGACACUUUCCGUAUGCAUCGGACACACGAAAACAGGAUGAUGAUUUGCGCGUUCUUCCUAUCGACUUGCUUCAAUGCAUUGUGCAUGAGGAGCCUAUCCCACUUUCAAGAGAGCAAUUUGGAAACGAUUUUGUGGACUUUGUUUCACGAUGUCUCAGCAAAGCCCCUCAUUAUCGGCCCAAUCCAGAGCAAUUGCUGGAACACGCCUUGAUAAAGAAGAACGACGAUAAUAAAGAUGAUGUUAUUGCUGCGUUCGUUGCUCAGCGACUAGCAGAAAGAGAAGGCAUGGAGCAUUAGUUACUUGAAUUCAAUUGCAAGGCAUUUAAAUAGCCACGAAUAUUAAUUGUAAAUAGACACAGUGUAAAAGGAAUUAAUUUUUGUAUACAGGAAUAUAACGUAUUUUAGCAAUAGCAAUAAUAGUGAGUUCA